CUUUUUUUUUAAUUAUUAAAAGGCCUGCAUGAGAACUUUGCACCAAACCUCACUGUUUUUCUUGGGCUGGCCCUGCUGAUAGAUAAUCUGACAGAUCAUUUGGAAAUAAUUUUUAAUGAGAAUUAAAUAAUAAAGAAAUGAUUAUAAUUUAAUCCUAAAUUUUAUAUAUUUAUUCAUACAAUCCAAUAUCCAUAAUUAUAAUUUAAAAUUUUACAUAUAUGUAUACAAUGUUAGUGUUAUUUUUUGUUUUUACAGAUGAACCAUUACAUGCUAGUUCAAAGCUUACACUUUUAUGGUGUGCAGUGGUUAGACUUAUUAGUGGCUAUCAACCUUCUUUAUAUAGUUGCCAGAGAUCUCUACCCCGAAUGCCAGUUCCUGCAAUUAAUGAUACAAUUCAAAGAUUAUUAGAAUCAUUGAAAGCGGUUUGUACUGAAGAAGAAUUUCAAGAGAUAGAGAAACAAGCUAAAGAAUUUAAAAAUACUCUGGCUCCUAAACUACAAAAUAUAUUAGUUAUUAAAUCAUGGAUUUCUCAAAAUUAUGUCAGUGACUGGUGGUAAGUGUUUAUAUUCUAAAUAAUUAUAAAUGCUGCAAUUAACUUCUUUAGUUGGAUAGCCAGAAUUUUGACAUCUAUAAAAGAAACAUAAAAGCAUUAUAAUGAGAAAAUAUCAAUUCAGAUGUAAACUGUAUAUCUAUAUAUAUAAUCGAGACGAGUUGAUAAUAAUAAUAAUAAUAAUAAGCGCAGAGCCC